AUGGGACUGGGACUGGAACUGGGGCUAAAGGAAGAGCUGUGUGGAUUGGAUUGGACUGGACUUGGCCGGGCUGACCAGACCGGGCAGACCAAAAGGUUGGGCGUGGGCGGGAGGGUGAGAGGGCCAGAGAGGACUGACCGGAGUCAAUCAAGUAUGAGAGUGGGAGUGAGUGGGCGUGAGAGUGUGUGCGUGUGUGAGUGUGUGUGUGUGCAGACUGCACUUGGUACAAAGUACCAGACCCAACUUCCAAGGUUGGUCCUCGUCUCGACUUUGUUGACUCCGCUUUCUGCUAGUUUCUGGUCAGCUUCCAUUCUCAUCAUCAUGACCAUCAUCAUCAUCCCUCGCUUCUCUGCACCCGGCCUGCACAUGCACCUGCACCCGUCUGGUCCUUUCUUUUGCCUACGGCCCUGCACCACACUGGUGGGACUCAAUGCUAGGCUCGCUCGCAAAAUGCCUGCCAAAACGAACUGCAAGGCCACGGCCAUCAAUCCCUACUGGAGCCAGAGACUGGAGCCAGCGCAAAAUGGAGACUCAACUGGAGACUGGGCUUGUUGGUGCACAGCCUUAGCUGGGUCGAGUGGGGCACCGGCAGGCCAAAGCAGUCAUCAUCAUUGGUCCGGCGUCAGGGGUGGCGCUGUUGGAAUCGGGCUCAAUGCUCACUUGCACACUGAGUCCGGCGCACCAGUCCAAACCAGACCAGACAUCCAGCUUGACAAUGCCUGGCAGCGCAUCCAGCAGCCCUGA